AUGAAAUGCUGUAUUAGGAAGACCCCAAAUUGGGCCAAGCUGUAUAAUAUUCGACAGGAAAAGAAUGAGAACCCAGCCGCCUUUUAUGAGCGCUUGUGUAACACCUGUAAAAGAUACACAGACCUCGACCCAGAGGAUGCUAAUGGAAAGCGAGUGCUCAUUCCCCUCUUCAUUGGGCAGUCCUAUGAGGACAUUAGAAAAAAGCUGCAGAAAUUAGACGGGGCAUCGGGUAAAAAUAUAGAGGAGCUCUUAGAGAUUGCGCUAAAAGUUUAUGAUCGCAGAGACGAUGAGGAACAGAAAAAGGGGGCCCGUCUACUGGCAAUGGCCCUGAAGGGGGGAAGACGGGAUCUGCUUACUAAAUUGCAGGCGGAAAUCUCGUUCAAUAAUAAUGGGACUAUGGAAGUUAGGCUCCCCAAACAACAAAUUUCUAACUAUCAAAUGGCCCUUUUGAAUGUUGAAAAUCCUCCCCCGGCACAGCCGGAAAAUGAGAGGAACCAGCUGCCGGGGGUUAACCUUGAGGUCUGGGCUGAGGAGGGAGGUUUUGCUCAGGCUCGAAACGCUUUACCAGUACACAUUUCCCUUAGGGAGGGAAGUCGCCCAGUCCGAAUUCGACAAUACCCUCUUAAGCUAACCACUCGGAUCGGACUGAAACCUCUGAUUCAAAAGUUUUUGCAGUGCGGUUGGUUAAGGGAGGGCACCUCCCCAUACAAUACUCCGAUAAUGGGAGUGCCUAAGCCUAAUGGGCAAUAUCGAUUAGUCCAGGACCUAAGGCAGGUUAACAAGUUAAUAGAGGCCCCCUAUCCAGUUGUCCCAAACCCCCAUACUAUCUUGGGCCAAGUCCCCAAGAACCACAGGUGGUUUUCCAUGAUAGAUUUAAAAGACGCUUUCUUCUCUAUACCCCUUGAUCAAGAGUCUCAGAAACUGUUUGCCUUUGAAUGGGAAGACCCAGAUACCCAUUACAAGGCUCAGUAUCUCUGGACUGUUGUCCCCCAGGGACUUACUUGUGCACCCGAGAUUUUCGGCAGCCAGCUAAAAAGAGACCUUGCCCCGUUCCUAGCUGGACAUCCCUCGUGUAACUUAGUUCAGUAUUGUGAUGAUCUACUCUUAAGCACUGAUACAGAGAUAGCUUGUAAAGAACAGACGAUAGAACUCCUCAACUUUCUUGGAGCUCAGGGGUACAAGGUUUCCAGGGGAAAGGCCCAAUUGGUUAGACAGCAGGUUAUUUUUCUCGGAUAUCAUCUUUGUCAGGGACGUCGUAGCUUAGGUAAAGAUAGGAUACAGGCUAUACUCGAAAGCCCUCAACCCCGAAAUCCCAGAGAGCUAAGGGCUUUCUUGGGGCUAACCGGUUUUUGCCGGCUUUGGAUCCCCGACUACGGAGGGAAGGCUAAACCAUUAUACGAGUCCCUUACUAAGGAGGGUCUGCUUAACUGGCUAUGGACAAAGGAAAAAGAAAAAGCAUUUCAAGAGCUUAAAGAAGCCUUGGUUCAGCCUCCCGCUCUGGCUCUCCCGGAUCCCCGGAAGUCGUUCACCCUAUACGUUCAUGAAAGGACAGGGGUGGCAUCUGGAGUCCUGUGCCAAAGGUCGGUACCAGCCUGGCGACCUGUGGGUUAUUACUCCAAGGUAUUGGACCCGGUCGCCAAAGGCUGGCCGGCUUGUUUACGAGCCAUGGCUGCAACCGCUCUCCUUGUACAGGAGGCUGAGAAACUAACCUUGGGUGGGGAUACUGAGGUUGUGGUGCCUCAUGGAAUACCCCAGAUACUGGGAACAGGAGCCGGGGAAAAGCAUUUAAACCCCAGUCAGCAUACUAGAUAUGAGGUGGGACUUUUGUUGGCCCCUAACCUAACUUUUAAGACAGUCAGUUCCCUUAAUCCAGCUACCUUACUGCCAGAUCCCCAAGUCCCUUAUGGGACUAGUCACAUCCAUGAUUGUAUUGAAAUCUUACAACAAGAAACUAAACCCCGCCCUGAUCUUUCAGAUUUACCCUGGCCCAAUCCCGAUAUUGAAAUGUACGUAGAUGGAUCCAGUUAUGUAGAAGAUGGAAAGCGAGUUACAGGAGCAGCCGUCAUAGUUAAAGAAGGAGAAAUGUACAAGUUUAAGCUUAGCCUCAACUUAUCUGCCCAGGCGGCGGAACUGGUGGCUCUUAUUGAGGCUCUCCGGAUGGGAACUGGAAAGACUAUUAAUGUAUACACUGACAGUCGUUAUGCAUACAGUGUGCAUGCCCACGGAACCUUAUGGAAAGAAAGGGGUUUCAUUACGGCUUCAUGCCAAAGAAUAGCCCAUGGGGCCCUUAUCAAGUCAUUACUUGAGGCCCUGAUGCUUCCCCUCCGGGUCGCAGUGAUACACUUACAUCGAUACGCAGCACCUUUCCAGACCCUUCCUUUGGAGCAACCUGUGCACUCCUUCCGGAUCGGUGAUCAGGUCCUUGUCAAAAAGUGGAAGCGUGAUCCCCUCACGCCACGGUGGGACGGUCCGCAUACUGUAUUGCUCAUCAGCCAGGCCGCCGUUAAGGUCCUUGGGAGUGACAAGUGGACGCACCAUACUCGAGUAAAGCGGUUCCUGAACCCUGACCCAGAGGACAACCUAACUGAAGAAGACAUCAGCCCUCUGUCCUCUCCGGCUCCGGAAGCCCGGAGUGACACAGGCGAAGACUCCACCUGGGAGUACCAAGGACUAGAGGGACUAAAAGGACUGUUUAAAAGACAGAAACAAUGA